ACGAGAGGAGAUGAGAAGGGAAAAGGAGGAAGAAGAAACACAUUUCCUGGAUAUUUUACCCUUAGACAUUCAUUGAUGUUUAACUUUCAAAAGAAGGAACUUAAUUGUAGUCUGAACGGAUGGUACAAUAACAUUUGGUUUAAUUUUAAUAGUCAUGUUGUAGCCUGCUAAAAUAGCUAUCUUUAGCUAAAGCUAGUGGCUAAGCUAACUGGACUGCUGUUAUGGUCUACGUCAGCACAGAGAAGAAGACAGGUGUAUGAUUGAACGCUACUUCUCUGCGGUCGCGUCAAACCACAAGUGUCAACAAACUUUUGGAAAACUUUAUGACGGACUCAUCUGAAGUUAGAUUGCUGCCGCUUCUAAGAUGAGGAGACUGACCAAGAAGAAGACUCUGACUCUGGUGAAGGAAUUGGACGCUUUCCCCAAAGUUCCUGAGAGCUAUGUGGAGUCGACAGCCAGUGGAGGGACAGUGUCUCUCAUAGCAUUUACUCUCAUGGCUGUCCUUGCCUUCCUGGAGUUCUUUGUGUACAGAAACACAUGGAUGAGGUACGAGUAUGAGGUGGACAGAGACUUCAGCAGUAAACUGAGGAUAAAUGUUGACAUUACAGUUGCCAUGAGAUGCCAGUAUAUAGGUGCAGAUGUCCUAGAUCUGGCAGAUACCAUGGUCACAUCUGAUGGCUUGAACUAUGAUCCAGUCAACUUUGAACUCUCACCACAGCAAAGAUUAUGGCACAUGACUCUUCUGCACAUCCAGGAGCGACUGAGAGUGGAGCACUCUCUCCAGGAUGUGCUCUUCAAGGCUGCAAUAAAAGGAGUUCCUCCUGCUCAGCCUGCUCAAAGUUUUCCUGUGGACAGUUCCACUUCCUUCAGUGCCUGUAGGAUCCAUGGACAUCUGUAUGUCAACAAGGUGGCAGGAAAUUUCCACAUUACAGUUGGCAAGUCCAUCCCCCAUCCCAGAGGCCACGCCCAUCUGGCUGCACUAGUCAGCCAUGACUCUUUUAAUUUUUCUCAUCGGAUCGAUCACCUGUCCUUUGGAGAAGUGAUUCCUGGGAUUAUCGGCCUUCUGGAUGGAACGGAGAAAGUCGCUGCUGAUUCUAACCACAUGUUUCAGUACUUCAUUACCAUCGUGCCAACCAAACUGAACACCUACAAAGUCUCUGCAGACACACAUCAGUACUCGGUCACCGAGCAGGACCGAAUCAUAAACCAUGCUACAGGCAGCCAUGGAGUCUCAGGGAUCUUUAUGAAAUAUGAUAUCAACUCACUGAUGGUCAAAGUCACAGAGCAGCACAUGCCUCUCUGGCAGUUUCUGGUCAGACUCUGUGGCAUCAUUGGAGGCAUUUUCUCGACCACAGGUAUGCUUCAUGCUAUAGUUGGGUUCUUGGUUGACGUCUUUUGCUGUCGCUUCCAAAUGGGAAUCUACAAACAUCUUAAGGAGGCUCCUCUGAAUGGGCAGAAAAACGACAAAGCCCUGGUUCCUACAGACAGUUGAACUCAGCCAACUGACAGUUCACCAUGUCAGCCUAACCCACUAGACAUGAGUGAGAUGCUUGGGAAAAUGUUUACAAAUUUUAUUAUAGUGUUUCACUGCUUUGCUUAGAAAUGUGUGAAUAUUUUUAUAAUUUUUUUUAAAUGUAUUGGAUGGAUUAAAGCUUAAGACGUGACUGUUCAUUCUCACGUGAAGGACUAAAUGUGAUUCUACCACUAAUUAUGUGUCAGUUU